AUGUUUCUCAAGGGAAUAUUUUGGUUAAUCUUCAUUUGUUUAUUAACAAUUGUUGGAAAUUGUCUUGUUAUCUUAGCAGUUUAUCGCGAAAGAUCUCUUCAUAAUGCCACAUAUUAUUACAUUGUUUCAUUAUCUUUAGCUGAUUUAUGUGUUGGAAUUCUUGUAAUACCUUUUGCGAUCUUUUUUGAAAUCUUUUCCGUAAGUCCUUCGAAAUAUUUAUGUCAGAUUUGGCACAUUACUGAUGUUGGUGCAUCAACGGCAUCGAUCUUAGCAUUGUGUGUUAUUUCAAUUGAUCGUUAUAAAGGAAUUCGAUCUCCAAUAACAUAUUCUCAAUCAUUUUUACGAAAACAUUCGUCAAUUGUCAUCGGUUCAAUUUGGUUUUGUUCGGGAUUUCUUUCGGUUCCGUUUGUUCUUUUUCUCGGUGAAAAGAAUUCAAGUGAAAUUCAACGAUGCAAAUUUCCAUCUGAUCCGAUCUUUGUUUUAAUCUCUUCAUUGAUUUCAUUUUAUAUUCCAUUGAUCAUCAUGGUGUUUGUCUAUGGGAAAAUUUUGAUUUUUUCUCGAAAACAAAUUCAAGCAUUUCGUCAAGGUUAUAAACAAACGAAAAGUCUUCAGGAAAUGUCUUCAACACCUUUCUUUCUUUCAUCGAUUCGUUUAAAAAAACCUUCACAAAGAAAAUCUUCAAAUGAACGACAACAAAUCACAUUGAGAAUUCAUAAAGGAAAAUAUAAUCAAUCAUCUCCGGAUAAUUCACCAUUAGAUCAUCGUUCAUCGUCUUUAUCAUUGAUUUUUCUACAAAGAUUAAGAAAUAUUCGUCGAACACGAAGUUGGUCAAGAUUUUCUCAUGAACAUAAAGCAGCGAAAGUUUUGGGAAUUGUUAUGGGAGCAUUUAUUGCGUGUUGGUUACCAUUCUUUCUUUUUCAUUCACUUACUUCCAUUUUUCAUUUACAAAUUUCAUCACAAUUUCAACAAGAACUUUUUCGUUUAUUUACUUAUCUUGGUUAUACAAAUUCAGCUUUGAAUUUCUUUGUUUAUGCUUUAACAUCAAAAGAAUUUCGUUUAGCUUUUAUUAAACUUCUUUGUCCUCGACAUUAUGUUCAAAAAACUUUAUUUAAACAUUAUUAUCAUCAUCAACAAAGACAAUUACAAAAUAUUUAA